UGACUCUUUGGUAAGUAUGUUCUUAAAUUAGAAAUCAUUCAUUGAAGUGUCUUGAACUGAUGCACACACGUCAGGUCUCGAGUAGCUUGGCUAAGCGAUAAAAGAUAUGUUUAUUUUCAAAUGUGUAUUGUUUUUAACCGUGUUGCAGAAUGCACGUGUUUCUUAUGCAGCUGAAGCGUCUGAGGAUGAUAAUUUCGUUACUAUUGAUUUCAAUGACUCCGAAGAGGACGACUUGAAGAACGAUAUCCAAACUAGAAUAUCCUUAUCGGAGUAUUUGCCAAUUGUCAUCAAUAUCCUUGGUCCUAUUUUUGGCAUUGACACAUCACGAUGGAGUCAGCAAGGUUUUGUUGCACGCAAAGACGUUUCAUUUUUUCUACACACCAAAGGUUCAGGUGAACAUCGAGAAGAAAUCCGAUUCAACGACACCAAGUCAUUGUUAGCUUCGCGGUUUAAUCCAUCUCAUCCAACAAGAAUAAUUGUCCACGGUUGGUUCGGAAGUGAAUAUGCAGCCAUAUUUCCAACCCUUGUAUCAGCUUACUUAAAACACGGAAACUACAAUGUAAUCGUAGUGGACUGGGGCAAGGGUGCCAUUGCGGACUAUGCAUCGGCAAGCCAACGUGUAAAGUCAGUUGGUUUACUUCUAGGCAAAUUCGUCGAUUUCCUACAUCGUGAAACUAAAACAAGCUUCAAGAAAAUCUAUCUAAUCGGAUUUAGUAUGGGCGCGCAUAUAGUUGGAAUAGCUGGAAAAUCUAUUAAACGGGGAAGAAUACCUGUUAUUUUUGGAUUAGAUCCAGCGUUACCCAUGUUCAGUUUUGAGAAUACAAAGGAACGAUUAACAAAAGACGAUGCAAAUUAUGUUGAAAUCAUACACACUAAUGCUGGAGGCUAUGGCUUCGAAGAGCCGAUAGGACAUGCCGACUUCUAUGUAAAUUAUGGCAAUUUUCAACCAGGAUGUUUAUUGGCUGAAUGUCAUCAUUUUCGGGCUUUUAAGGUUUUUGGUGAAUCGAUAAGUAGUAAAGUUGGUUUUUGGGGUAGGGGAUGUGAUGCAAGUGUGGUGAAAAGUCUAUUGAAGACUCGAAAAUGUGAUAAACCGGCCUCCAAAACGGCUUUGAUGGGUGGAGAUUCGUCGAAAAAAAAUUUAACAGGGGUGUAUUAUUUGGAGACAAACGAAAGGUCGCCAUUUGCUUUAGGUGGAUUAAUAAAUUAACCUUAAGAACAA